AUGGACAUACCAAUCAACAUUAAGUCCCAUGAAGAUGCAAAGAAAGUAUCUGAUCUAGUCUUCUCAAAAGAGAAUGACAAGGUGGAUGAACCUACUGAGGGAACUGGAUCAGCAUCUGGUAUUGUACCAACUUUACAAAACAUAGUUGCAACUGUUAAUUUAGAUUGUCGACUUGAUUUGAAAACAAUUGCGUUACAUGCUAGAAAUGCUGAAUACAACCCAAAGAGAUUCGCUGCAGUUAUUAUGAGGAUUAGAGAUCCUAAAACUACAGCACUUAUCUUUGCAUCUGGUAAAAUGGUUGUCACUGGGGCGAAAUCAGAAGAUGAUUCAAAAUUGGCAUCUAGAAAAUAUGCAAGAAUUAUACAAAAGUUGGGAUUUAAUGCUAAAUUUACUGACUUUAAAAUUCAAAAUAUUGUUGGUAGUUGUGAUGUAAAAUUCCCAAUUAGGUUGGAAGGUUUAGCAUUUUCACAUGGUACUUUUAGUUCAUACGAGCCUGAAUUGUUUCCUGGUCUUAUUUAUCGUAUGGUCAAACCAAAAAUUGUUUUGUUAAUUUUCGUUAGUGGUAAAAUUGUUUUAACAGGUGCAAAGAAACGUGAAGAAAUUUAUGCUGCUUUUGAAGCUAUUUUUCCUGUUUUAAGUGAAUUUAGAAAAUCAUGA